AUGGGCAGAGUAACUGUCAUGAUGCAUGCUUCGCUCACUGCCGCUGCCUCAGAAUAUAGACUUGAAAUUCCAGGGAUACUUUUUGCUCUCCCAUCCACCACUUUCCCCAGAUGGUUCCUGAUGAUAUUGCCCAUUGAAGCUUUCUGUCCUCCGGUGUUGAAGGUGCCAUCACCAUCACAGUUGAUCUUGAGAUUACCCUGA